AUGGAAGAUUGCAUACCUACAUCAUCACUGUCAUCAAAGAAGCCUAAAAAGUUCACCUCAGAAGGUCCAUACCGGCUGUUAUAUUGUUCAAGUAAGGGUGACAAAGCAGGGGUGGAGCAGGAGUUAGAGAAAGGUGUGGAGCCGAAUCUUGGGGACUAUGAUAAGAGAACAGCUCUUCAUUUGGCAUCAUGUGAAGGCUGCACUGAAAUUGUUGUUCUACUUCUUCAGAAAGGUGCUAAUGUUAACUGCACAGACCGCUGGGGCCGCACUCCAUUGUCUGAUGCUCGUAGCUUCGCUCAUGAUGGGAUUUGCAAGAUAUUGGAGGCUAGGGGUGGAAUAGAUCCGGUAGGGCUUGACUCUCAGCUUCCAUGCUAUGAAAUUUCUUACAAAGAGGUGAACAUGGACGAGGCAACACUUAUUGGAGAGGAACUUGCUUUGUGGCAACAGUUGCGUCACCCUAACAUAGUGCAAUUCCUUGGGGUCAUGAAGCACCCUGAUCGCUUGAUCUUCCUUACAGAGUUUCUUUGCAAUGGAAGUUUGCAUGAUAUAUUGAAAAGGAAGGGAAGACUUGAUCUGAAAACCGUCGUUGGUUAUGCUUUAGAUAUUGCCAGAGGUAUGAAUUAUCUCCAUCAGCAUAAACCGCGCCCUAUAAUCCAUAGAGAUCUUACACCAAGAAAUGUGUUACAAGAUGAAGCUGGACGACUCAAGGUCACAGAUUUUGGGUUAAGCAAAAUCGCCCAACACAAUGAUGUAUCUGGUUAUAAAAUGACUGGAAGGACAGGCUCAUAUCGGUAUAUGGCACCUGAGGUUUAUCGUCGAGAAUCAUAUGGGAAGAGUAUCGAUAUCUUCUCAUUUGCUCUAUUGGUACAUGAGAUGUUUCUAGGAGGACCACCAAAUCUGGCAGAGGAUCCUGAACAAAUUGCAGACAAGAGAGCAUAUGAAGAUUCAAGACCACCUCUCUACUCUUAUUUGUUCCCGGAACCAAUUCGAAAGCUUCUUAAAGAAUGCUGGCACCCGAAUCCAGAUUGCCGACCUACAUUCGAAGAGAUCAUUGUGGAGUUGGAGUCUAUUCAAGGGUCUAUUCAGGACAGCUUUCAUUUCAAGAAAAGAUUGGGAACCUGUAAUAUUAGGUGUGUCAUCUCUUAA